AUACCCGGCACAAUCUGUCAGGAAUCAGAGAGGCCACUUCCUUCCCCAAUCCUUCCCUUUCAGCUGGGAGAAUGGGAGAAGAGUCAGGUGCCCACAAUGGGGAGAGCUUGUUGAUGCGACUGGAUUCCUGCUAUAAAAACACAGAGCAGCCCACCCUCUACCCGGUUGAUCUGGUAGUGCCUUUUGCUAUGGCGUGCGGGCAGAGAGGAGGCUCUUGGAGACCCUCGGGCUGGUUCAAUGCAGGCUGGAGCACUUACAGGUCAAUUUCUCUCUUCUUUGCCCUUGUGACUUCAGUGAACUCCAUAGAUGUUUUUCAGUUGGUAAAUCCUGCUUUUCCAGGCACUGUCAUUUGCGAUGAAAGGGGAAUAACAGUGGAGUUCCCAAGCAGUCCUGGCACCAAGAAAUGGCAUGCAUCUGUGGUGGAUCCCCUUGGUCUCGACGUGCCGAACUGCACUUACAUCCUGAACCCAGAAAAGUUCACCCUGAGGGUUACCUAUGAAAACUGUACCAGGAGAGUGCAUGGUGGAUACCAGAUGACCAUCAGAGUCAUGAAUGACAGUGCUGCUCUAAGACAUGGAGCUGUCAUGUAUCAGUUCUUCUGUCCAGCUAUGCAAGUAGAAGAGACCCAGGGGCUUUCAGCAUCUACAAUCUGCAAGAAGGAUUUCAUGUCUUUUUCCUUGCCACGGGUCUUCUCUGGCUUGGCUGAUGACAAUAAGGUGACCAAACUUAAGAUGGGAUGGAGCAUUGAGGUUGGUGAUGGUGCAAGAGUCAAGACUCUAACCCUGCCAGAGGCCAUGAAGGAAGGCUUCAGUCUCUUGAUUGACAACCACAGGAUGAUCUUCCACGUGCCAUUCAAUGCCACUGGAGUGACUCACUAUGUGCAAGGUAACAGUCAUCUCUACAUGGUGUCUCUGAAGCUUACAUUUAUAUCUCCUGGACAGAAGGUGAUCUUCUCCUCACAAGCUAUUUGUGCACCAGAUCCCGUGAACUGCAAUGCCACACACAUGACUCUCACCAUACCAGAGUUUCCUGGGAAGCUUAAGUCUGUGAGCUUUGAAAACCAGAACAUUGACGUGAGCCAGCUGCAUGACAAUGGAAUUGAUCUAGAAGCAACAAAUGGCACAAAAUUGCAUUUCAGCAAAACUCUGCUCAAAACAAAAUUAUCUGAAAAAUGCCUACUCCAUCAGUUCUACUUAGCUUCACUCAGGCUGACCUUUCUCCUUCAGUCGGAGACAGUAUCCAUGGUGAUCUAUCCUGAGUGUGUCUGUGAGUCACCAGUUUCCAUAGUUACAGGGGAGCUGUGUACCCAGGAUGGGUUUAUGGACUUCGAGGUCUACAGCUACCAAACACAACCAGCUCUUGACCUGGAUACUCUGAGGGUGGGAAACUCAUCCUGCCAGCCUGUCUUCAAGGCUCAGUCUCAGGGGCUGGUACGGUUCCACAUACCCCUGAAUGGAUGUGGAACGAGAUAUAAGUUUGAAGACGAUAAAGUCAUCUAUGAAAAUGAAAUACACGCUCUCUGGACGGAUCUUCCUCCAAGCAAAAUAUCUAGAGACAGUGAGUUCAGAAUGACAGUGAAGUGUUCUUACAGCAGGAAUGACAUGCUACUAAACAUCAACGUUGAAAGCCUUACUCCUCCAGUGGCCUCGGUGAAGUUGGGUCCAUUUACCUUGAUCCUGCAAAGCUACCCAGACAAUUCCUACCAACAACCUUAUGGGGAAAACGAGUACCCUCUAGUGAGAUUCCUCCGUCAACCAAUUUACAUGGAAGUGAGAGUCAUAAACAGGGAUGACCCCAACAUCAAGCUGGUCUUAGAUGACUGCUGGGCGACGUCCACCAUGGAUCCAGACUCUUUGCCCCAGUGGAACAUUGUUGUGGAUGGCUGUGCAUAUGAGCUGGACAACUACCAGACCACCUUCCAUCCAGUCGGCUCCUCUGUGACCCAUCCUGAUCACUAUCAGAGGUUUGACAUGAAGGCUUUUGCCUUUGUAUCAGAAGCCCAUGUGCUCUCUAGCCUGGUCUACUUCCACUGCAGUGCCUUAAUCUGCAAUCGACUCUCUCCAGACUCCCCUCUGUGUUCUGUGACCUGCCCUGUGUCAUCUAGGCACAGGCGAGCCACAGGGGCCACUGAAGCAGAGAAAAUGACAGUCAGCCUCCCAGGACCCAUUCUCCUGUUGUCAGACGACUCCUCAUUCAGAGGUGUUGGCUCAUCUGAUCUAAAAGCAAGUGGGAGCAGUGGGGAGAACAGUAGGAGCGAAACAGGGGAGGAGGUUGGCUCACGAGAUGUUAUGGACACCAAAGGGCACAGGACUGCUGGAGAUGUUGGUUCCAAAGCUGUGGCUGCUGUGGCUGCCUUGGCAGGUGUGGUGGCAACUCUAGGCUUCAUCUGUUACCUGUAUAAGAAAAGGACUGUGUCAAAUCACUAAAUGGGCUUCUAAAUAAAGCAGUCAAAAUAA